GACUUGACGCAGUUUAUCACAGACCACCAGGCGCACCGGCAGCCCCCGUCUCUGCUGACUCAGUGCCUUACCAGCAGUCCUUUCACUCCGAGAUACAGCUACAGCAUCCAGCUGCCGACGCACACUCCUCCAGCCAGCCACCCUACAGAAAUGGCUAAGACCGCAAUUGCUUACAAAGAGAAGAUGAAGGAGAUCUCAGUUCUCUCACUCAUCUGCUCUUGUCUGUACCCUGAGAACCGCAAAAACAUCAUGGGUGACUUUGAAGACAUGGACAUCAAGCCCAUUAACAAGCGGGCCUCAGGCCAGGCCUUUGAGGUUAUCCUGAAGCCGUCCUCCCCUGUGUCUGAUGUUGCCCACUGCAUCACCCGCCCCCCAAAGAGGGACCUUUCCCUGGAGGACAUCCAGAAGAAACUGGAUGCAGCUGAGGACCGGAGGAGAUCCCUGGAGGCGCAGAUGCUUCUGGCCCUGGCUGAGAAGCGGGACCAUGAACGCGAUGUGCUGCUCAAGGCCAUGGAGGAGAACAGCAACUUCAGCCGCAUGGCCGAGGAGAAGCUCCAGCUGAAGAUGGAGCAGAUUGAGGAGAACCGGAUGGCUUACUUGACCGCCAUGAUGGAGCGCCUGCAGGAGAGGGAGAUGCAUGCUCAGCAGGUGCGCAGGAACAAGGAGUUGAGAGAGGAAGUGACGGCGUGAGAAGCCCCAACAGGUUCUUUGUCCCACCCCCAAACCUCCCACCACCACCCUGACCCUGAAGAACACCCCUUUCCACACCUUUUCCCACAUGUCCCCACCUCUCCAGCUCCCUGCCAUACUCCCCCCAUACUACUAUAAAAUUACCACAGCCUGAGACAGUGGGAGGUUCAAAUGGGGUUGGGGGUGGACAAAAUAAAAGCAAAAAUAGUAAUAAAAAAAGAAAGAUUAAUGUCUCCCACCCACUCUUCCCAAAAAAGAAUGUUUUUGCUCUGUUUCAGAUGAAAAGAAAAAAAUCAAAUUGACAAGCGUGUGGGUAUUGGUUUUUGUAAAUACUUCUUUUUUUUGUUAUAUACAGUGCGAUACAAGCAGCAGAAGUAUUGAUUGCAGUGUGCCAUUUUUCUAUCUAAGUUUCCUCUCCUUGCAUAUAUAUAUAUGGAUGUAAUGAUUUGUUCAUUUUUAUGUUCAUUUCAGCCUGAGAAUCAUUUCGGGCGUAGGUGUUUGUUGUGAGUUUGCCAGCUAGCUGAUGUUUGCUGUGACUGGCUGCGUCCUCACAAGGCCCGCAUCCUGGCUCUGUUCCCUUGUCCCUUCAAGUGGCCACUCACUCAUUUGACCCUGCAGAUCUGGAAACAAAAUUGGAUCUCUGUUUGGUUGGAGUGAUUUUCCAUCCAGUUUAUGCCAAUGUUCCAAUUAGUGAGGGACAUGUGCAGGAAAGUUGGCAGAAGAAAACGGAGGCAGUUUGCUUUCUGUGGGGACUGCAAGCCAUCGCUGCACAUCCACUCCUGUGAGUUAGAUGGUGACUGUAUCACAGGAGAACACUAUAGCAUUUAAUGAGCCCAUCCACAUCCUCCUCCCCUCCGUCUGCAACCUCUCCAUCUUUCCACAUGCAUACAUACAUACAUCCUGUAGAAGCACUCACUCACACGCUCUCCAUGUGGGCAUUUAGCCAAUCAUAGCACAGAGCUCAGUAGGAGCUUGCUAUAUUCUGUCCAUCUGGCACCAGAAAGCUCACAUAACAUCCCUGACCAAUUGCGGGCAUCUUAUAGUCCUCAGAAACACGCUUCCAAUCACAUUUCCAAUCAAGCUUGACAGUAAUAUACAACACAGUUGAGGUUGAAAUGCAUCUGAAGAAUGCUGGAGAGUGACAGACUACACCUGAGAUCAGACUGUGAAUCUUACACUGGGGUAACCACAAAUAAAUCCCACCUAUCUCCGUUUCAUAGAGGCUAGAGUAGUGCUCAGCAUCAUCAGCGCCUACUGGAAUCAUUGCACUUCACUCCAAGACACUGUAAAUGCCACUGAGAGUCUGGCACAAGAAAGAUAUUGAAGCCAUAACAGGUAUCGCUGCAACAAUGAUUCAUGAACACAGUAUUGCCAUCUGUAAAGGUGUAUAUGAGUGUAUUAAAGUAUCCAAAUAGUUUGUAACCAGGGGUGUUGAAGCCUGAGGUUGAACCCUGUUGGUCACACACGCAUGGUAGGCCCAUAGAAGUGUGUGAGAGAGUGUGUGUGCGUGUAUUUCAGAAAGGGCGGGUAGAUACGUGAAUGUUUGUGCCAUGUGAUAUUGCCCCGGUGAAGUGUAAACCAACACCAUCACAGUGUGUAACAGCUGUCACAACUACACCACAGACAGUGACUAUCCUACCUGCCUCUCUCUCUCUCUUUCUCUCCUCUGUCCAUUUGUGCGUUUCCCCCUCUCCACAUAUAUCUUUGUGAGCAAGCAGUGGUUAAUAAAGAUUUGGGGUUCAGUGAAUGAAUCUGGCUUU